GUAGUUCUAGAGACGUUCUGUGAUCAGGCUUUAACAAUAACCUUAUAAAAAUUAACUUAAACAACAGCAAGAAAUCUGUUUUUGAAAGUCAAAUUUAUGAGGUAUUAACGUUUCUGUUUGUUUGUAAACUUUGAAGCAAAAAUGCCCUUAUUUGAACAGGAAGAGUUUAUUCCUAUCCGAUAAUGCCAGCUGAGGAAGACACGACAAGCUAUUUUGUAUGCAGUGUGUACAAAGAUAAGGCUACCAUAGCAACUAAUUUGUUAACUUUAUCGUUGAUCUUAUAGACUUUAAUCAACAGUGUUGUGUGAUGUCUAAAGAAAGAGCACAAGAUUUAAAGCUAAUUUGUGGAAAAAUAGGCUACAGCUCUUCGGCAAAUGUUUCCCAAGCAGAGUUAGUUGAUCCAAUGGCUACGGCGAUGGCAACUAAUGGGUCUCAGUCGGUUAAUUCAGAUCUGAAUGCUACAAUGUUUGGUCCACUCAUGCCAAUCAAUGCAGCUUUUCCAGCAGUGCAGAAAAGGACGAUGUCAAGCACUGGUGCACCUCUAUCAACAUGGUUAUCCUACACACUCAAAAGCUCCGGAGAUUCCACUAUGUCUGAUUCUUUGCCUCAGGUACCUGAAUUUGACUCGGUCUUAUGCUCUCAGGAAAAUCAAAACCAGUUUGAUCUAACUUCAUCUCAAGUUUCACCACAAAAUGCUAAGAACUGGUUGCCAGGAUUUAACACAAUGCCAUUAACUACAUCAGUUUAUCGUCAGUUGUCCCAACUAGCUCCUAAAUCAUCUUCAGAAUUUGUACAGGUCUGCCAAUCUAAUCCAGUUCAGAGAACUGCCAAGAUGCCUUUUAAGAAUCAUGUAGCUAAAGUGGAUUCACCAGUAACAUUAUCUCAACAAAAUCUAGCUUUUGUACGGAAAGGGGACUCGUUACAAGCUGCUAAUGCCUUGAUCUCACAGGAACUACAAGGCAACUUUGUGCCCAUGAGUGAAAGUACGAGUUUGUGCCUUCUGGGUGGGCUGAAUGUUAUUUCAACACCUUUAUCAUCUCCAACACAAACUGUUUCAUCUUCAAACUAUUCUACGUAUGAUGAGGGGCCGGUGGAAUCUUCACAACCACAGCUAAUGUUAGACGGUUCCGUGUUUGAAACUCAGUUUGUUAUUUCAACAAGUGUACCCACUUCAUCUCAUUUUCCUGGCCUGCGAGUAAUGUCGGGGCUUCCUCAAGAACCUUCCAACUUAUUUCAACUUUCAUCCUCCCCAUCAACCAGCUCUUCAGUACUUCCCGCUAGUACAUCAUCAGUGGGUUCAAUUGUUCUUGACUCUUCUGCUAUGAAUCCAGUUAACAAUCCACUGGGUUCAGUAACUCUGGCCUCUGCUAUGAAUCCAGUUCAUACUCCACUGGGUUCAGUAAGUCUGGCCCCUGCUAUGAAUCACGUUAAUACUUCACUAGGUUCAGUAACUUUGCCCUCAACAAUGAGUCCAGAAAAUAAUUCAGCAGAUUCAAUAAACACUCACUCCGUUGGAAGUCUGUCUAAUGCUUCAUUGAUUUCAGCUAACUUGACCUCUGCCGCUAAAGACUCAUUUCCUGUUCCUUCUGGAUCUCUGAUUUUUUCGGAACAUCUACAGAAUGUAAAUAUUGAUAGUAUGGAUGUUUCUUUUGCUGUAGAAGAAUUGAAAUGUUACAAAUGUAAGUUUUGUAUGUAUGCAAACCUUCAACGAGAUCAUGUUGUCACACACAUUAAAACUAAUCACCAAAUGCAACUUUCAGACCCAGUUGUUACAAGAACCAAUGAACUAUCAUCACAAGCAAAGACAACUAACCAUAUGCUGAGUAAUUCUUUAACUAGUCCUUUCUUCUCUUCGUACUGUAGUGGGCCAGUAAAUGAAGUAAGAGAGGAAACCACUCGUACGGCUUUUACAAACGCUCAUCCUUCAAACAAUUCAGAAGGCCGUUUCCUUUGUGGCAAAUGCAGACAGACUUUUUCUGAACUGGAGGAAUGUCGAAAACAUUUAUCCACAGUGCAUCAUGUAAACGCUAAACAUGUUCAAUUAGAGUAUCUCGACGAAAACAUGGAGCCUCUUGACAAAAAAAAACAUUUUGAUAACACUAAAGGAAAGAAAAACUCCACCAAAAAAAACACUGAGAACCAGCUUUCAAGAAAGUUGAGUGUCAGUGAUACACAGCCGCUUAAGAGUUCGAAAGCUGCAAUUCUUCCAAAAGUUGGAGAGAAUCCGAAAGUUUUAGUUAGCAUCAAAAAGAAAAACAAUGGGGAGAUGUCUAUUUCUAGAAAAGCAUGGCAAAAAAAGAUGAAGAAGGAACAAGGUUCAUACAUCUGUGAAUAUAAAGGAUGCAACGUGAGGUUCAGGAACUUGGAUAACCUUGAUUUUCACCGCAAGUGCCACAUUAAGGACGACUCUACCUUUUCUUGUGCUGAGUGUAGUAUUAUUCUCAACCGCUGGGGAUCCAUGGCUGGACACUUAUGGCGUACCCACCUUAUAGACUUGGAACUACAUGCUUGUGACCAGUGUUCGUUCAAGACAUACAGUCUUUCCAAGCUGGAAAGUCUUCACAAGAGGAUUCAUGUGGAUGAACGGCCGUUCUUAUGUGAUGUAUGUGGUAAAGGUUUCAAAACAAACAAGCAGCUUCGUACGCACAAGGCUUAUCAUCAAAAAGCAUCUAGUGUGUCGCAGAGAUCUGGAUGCGUUUGUGAAAUCUGUCAGCGACACUUCUCUGACAGACGGUUUUUAAAGAUUCACAAAGAUACAAUUCACAACAAGAUCCGACCUUUCCUCUGUACCUUUUGUGGAUAUUCAGCUUCUUCGCGGGGCACCUUGAAAAUGCACAUUCGACAGCAUACAGGAGAAAAACCCUUUGCCUGUGAUGUUUGUGUUUAUCGUACUAGUGACCAUAAUUCUCUUCGUCGGCACAAAAUGCAACAUUCGGGAGAAAGACCUUACAAAUGUCCUUAUUGUUCGUAUGCAAGCAUUCAGGCAAGUACCUACAAGACUCACCUGAAGAUAAAGCAUCCUGGAAUGAACGAUGGGCUCAUGUUCUCGUGUAAACAGUGCUCCUUCCGCACCCUUAAGAAAGAUAACCUUGCCACUCACAUCUCGUCAGACCAUCCAAGAUCCCCACCUAAAGCAACCAUUGAGCAACUGAAGUCCAUCGGCUUUUCAAAACUUUUACAUUCCACAUUGAAUCAAUCGCAGCCAUCAAAUAUCACGGUGUUACCAAACACGAGCCAGUCCCUGUCUCUCGGUGAAGCAGUGGAUAUUGCCGUAUCUCAGGGCUCCGAUGGAACUGGUUCUACACCGUUAUUUGUUUUCAAAGCCAUUGAAGAAUUCAAUAAGAAAAUUGUACAACAGUCAACUAGUUAACCUAGCUGUGUUUAAAACAACUGUGUUAAAAUAACAGUUAUAGAAGAAUUCAAUAAGAAAAUUGUACAGCAGUCAACGAGUUAACCUAGCUGUGUUUAAAACAACUGUGUUAAAAUAACAGUUAUAGAAGAAUUCAAUAAGAAAAUUGUACAGCAGUCAACUAGUUAACCUAGCUGUGUUUAAAACAACUGUGUUAAAAUAACAGUUAUAGAAGAAUUCAAUAAGAAAAUUGUACAGCAGUCAACUAGUUAACCUAGCUGUGUUUAAAACAACUGUGUUAAAAUAACAGUUAAAAGAAAACAAAGUUAUAACAAUCUUUCAAACAGAUGCUCUUCAUCGGGUAUCUCACUAGAAAGGCAUUUAACUCAUUCUAGAAAUCUAUUAUCAUUGUGUAAUGUAACAGUGAAACAUGUCUUUUCUAUGUAGCAUGUCUGUUUUUUCCAUUAAAUGUCAUUAUUAUAUAUAAAGAAA